AAUAUUAAUAGUACAUUGUGUGAUUUACUCUUUCCAAGGUAUGUCGACUGUGUUUUUUAUUGCGUUGUAGUCAUCAAUGUGGUUUUCUAGUAAGUAAUUCCUAAGAAUUGUGAUUUCUUUUUCAUCUCGAGAUGCUCUUGUCAUUCUAAAUAAAAUUUCAAUUGCGUUGGUAUCUGGUUUGAAUUCUUCACUAUUGAAGGUGACAUUACGAGCAUCUGAAAACCUUCUUCUUCUAACAAGGGCUUCUAUGAGAGUUUCCCAAUUCUUCCUAUUAGGUUUGAUGUAUUUCUUUGAUAAAUUCCAAAUAUGGAUUGAAUCAGCGGGUGUGUUCCUACUACCGCUUACAUCUAAUGCUAUUGAUAAAGACGCGUUAUCAGCUCUACGUGAGAAUAAAAGUGCAUUAUAGAGUUCAACGCAUUUUCCACCAUUACCAACUCUAUUAUGAGCAUUAAGGAGGGCAUUAUGGAGGUAUAUAUCUGGCAUUAUUGAUCUAUCAACGUUCAAGAGUGUUUCUAUUUUUGCAAUACUCCUGUUAUCCCUCACAUGAGCGUAAUAAUCUAGUAAACUGGUGUAGGUUUUACAGUCUGGGGGAUAACCAGCUUUACGCAUAUCGUUUAGAAUUUCAGAGAAUAGUACAGCUGGUACGAUAUUUUCAUCUUGGAAUUUGAGACCACAAAAUUCUGCAAUGAUAGUUGAGAAUCCAGCAGCAUCAAGUCGAGUUGCUUUACUAUCAACGACGUUAGCAUAAAGUCUAAACGCCUGAUAGUAAUCACUUGAAGCGUGAAGGAGAGUGACUAUGAAUGAAGUUGUGAAUUGACUUUCUAAAUCGACACUAUUUGUUUUCAUAUCGACAAGAAUGUCAAUUGCUGUUUGUACAUCACCAGCUUUUGCGCAUGUUCGAAGCAUAUGAGCUAAUACACGUGUAUCUAAUCGCUCGCGAUCAAGUUGAUCAUAAAUUGAUAACAUUUUGCGUAAAUUAUCAAGUGCUGUACCAUCUUUAUUACCCGCAAGUGCAGUUAUGAGUGGUAAAGUCACCGCCAAUGAUCGUUGAUCUGGAAUAGAGAUACAGAAUUCAUAAGCUUCAUCAAGGUUUACCAUCAGGAGAUGCUCUAAAGCUGCUCUGUAGGUGUGUUUACCUGGUUCAACACCAGCAUAUGCAGAGAGAUCAUCUAUGAGAAUCUUCGCAUCUUCGCUUGAUGAAGGCCUUUGUGAUAAUCCGACGAGGUGAGAUAAAGCAAUAUCAUUAGGUGAUAGACCUGCUAAAAAUAUCUCAUCAACGACUUCCUUUGCUUUUUCAAGACCAUGUUGGCGACCAGUAGCCAAUAGGAUACACGUCCAGCUUGCUAUGUCCGUGUCACUCGAUCUAAGAAAAGCUUCAGAUUCAUUUGCUCGACUCCAUUGAUGUAACCUUGAAUAACCAUCUAGUAGAAUAGUGUGUGUAAAUAAAUCUGGUUGAUAGCCAUCCAUUUUUAGAUCCUCUAGGAGGCUAUCUACAACAUCUAUAUCGUGAUAUUGGAAAGCCAACUUUAAACGUGCGUUGUAGAUAUGUAAGUCAGGUUUAAUGUCGCGCUCUUCCAUAAUUGAUAGUACACGCUGAUAAGCGUUGUAGUCGUUGUGGGUUGAACAACCAGUGAGAAGGACCGAGAAUAUAGCAAGCGAAGGAUUAUCCAAAGUGCGUACGAUAUCGACUGCUUUGUUUAUUCUACGCUGGUUUACGUAUGCUUGUAUAAUGAAUUGGAAAUCACGCCUCGAGAGUUCCAACUUCCAAUGAUUGCGUAUAUCCUCACAGAAUUGAUCCAAAAAAGGUGAACUUUGUUUAGAUAAGAUAGACAAAGUCUUUGAAAGUUUGUUGUUGUCUAGGAAAUCCUUAUUCGAUGAUGUCUUCAAGUUGUUGUAAUGCGUUACUAAAGUGUCUAUGGAAGGGUUUUUACUAUUUAGAUUUCUAUUAAACAACUCGUUCGAUUGUUUAAUUGAAGGUUUCGUAGAUUUGAACAAAUUCUUAAACAAGUUCGUUAUCUGCUUAUAGUCCUCUAUUCUAGAGGAUUUGUAUAAUAAUUUAGACGAUUUCAUUUUUUAUUUUUUUAUCUCGUCGUCUUCUCUACAAAGCCUUCCUCUCUCUUGAGCUCGCUUUAGUUGAAAAUCUGAUGUCUACGCUAUCAGCCAUCCAAGCACAGCAGGAUUUUAUAGUAAAACCAUCCGAUGGUGUAACUCAAUUGGAUACUUCACAAUGGCCAUUGUUGUUGAAGAACUACGACAAGUUGCUAGUCAGAUCAAACCAUUACACUCCACUGCCAUUUGGAUGCUCACCAUUAAAGAGGGAUUUGGUUACUUACAUUAAAUCCGGUGUCAUUAACCUUGACAAACCUUCAAACCCUUCCUCACACGAAGUUGUCGCUUGGAUUAGAAGAAUGUUGCGUACAGAAAAGACCGGUCACUCAGGUACCCUCGAUCCUAAGGUCACUGGUUGUCUCAUCGUCUGUAUCGACAGAGCUACCCGUCUCGUCAAGUCUCAACAAGGUGCUGGUAAGGAGUACGUUGCUGUCUUGCGUCUUCACGACAAACUUCAAGACCCAGCUGCUCUCCCACGUGCUAUCGAAACACUCACAGGUGCUCUCUUCCAACGUCCACCUUUGAUUUCCGCUGUCAAGCGUCAACUUCGUAUCAGAACCAUCUACGAAUCAAACCUCAUAGAAUUCGACAAUGACCGUGGUUUAGCUGUCUUCUGGGUUUCAUGUGAAGCUGGUACUUACAUUCGUACCUUGUGUGUUCACUUAGGUCUCCUCCUCGGUGUUGGUGGUCACAUGCAAGAACUCAGACGUGUUCGUUCAGGUGCCAUGUCCGAAGAUGAUGAUAUCGUCUCUAUGCACGAUGUUCUCGACGCUCAAUGGAUUUACGACAACACCAGAGACGAAUCUUACUUACGUAGAGUCAUCAGACCACUCGAAGCUCUCCUUGUUAACUACAAGAGAAUCGUUGUAAAGGAUUCAGCCGUAAACGCCCUCUGUUAUGGUGCCAAGCUUAUGAUUCCAGGUUUAUUAAGAUAUGAAAAUGGCAUUGAAGUUAACGAAGAGGUCGUCCUUAUGACAACAAAGGGUGAAGCUAUCGCUGUCGGUAUUGCGCAAAUGUCAACAGCUGACUUGUCAACCGUCGACCACGGUGUCGUAGCAAAGAUCAAGCGUUGUAUUAUGGAACGUGACUGGUUCCCAAGAAAGUGGGGUCUCGGUCCAAGAGCUCAACAAAAGAAGAAGAUGAUCAAGGAUGGACAACUUGACAAGUUCGGUCGUCACACUGAUGCAACUCCUGAAAGCUGGAAGAACGGCUACACUGAUUAUAGCCAAACAUCAACAACGAUUCCAACCCAACCAGAACCAACCGCGGAAGUUAAGGAAGAGGUUAAGGUAGAAAGUGUUGAAAAGCCAGCUUCACCAAUGAAGACUGAGGAAGUUGAUGAUGCCGAAGCUCAACGUAAGAAAGAGAAGAAAGACAAGAAGCGUAGACGUUCAGAAGCCGCAGGUGAAGGUGAAGAAGAUGAGGAGGAGAGAAAACGUAGGAAAGCUGAAAAGAAAGCCGCAAAAGCCGCCGCAAAAGAAGCUGCCAAGGAGUAAUUUUUAUUAGAUCUUUGUAAUUUAUCUGCGUUCCAUGUAUUAAU